AUGGCACCGGCUGGCGGCAAAAAUGCCAAGAAGGGCAUCCUGGAACGGCUGAACUCUGGAGAGGUCAUCAUCGGAGAUGGAGGGUUUGUCUUCGCGCUGGAGAAGAGGGGCUACGUGAAGGCAGGGCCCUGGACCCCAGAAGCCGCCGUGGAACACCCAGAAGCAGUUCGCCAACUUCAUCGAGAGUUCCUCAGAGCUGGCUCCAAUGUCAUGCAGACCUUCACCUUCUAUGCCAGUGAAGACAAGCUGGAGAACAGGGGAAACUAUGUUGCAGAGAAAAUAUCUGGGCAGAAAGUCAAUGAAGCCGCUUGUGACAUUGCGCGGCAAGUGGCUGAUGAAGGAGAUGCUUUGGUAGCAGGGGGCGUGAGCCAGACACCUUCGUACCUUAGCUGCAAGAGUGAAACUGAAGUCAAAAAAGUCUUUCAGCAACAGUUAGAGGUCUUCAUGAGGAAGAACGUGGACUUCUUGAUUGCAGAGUAUUUUGAACACGUUGAAGAGGCUGUAUGGGCAGUUGAAGCCUUGAAAGCAUCAGGGAAACCAGUGGCGGCAACUCUGUGCAUCGGCCCAGAGGGAGACUUGCACAGCGUGACCCCCGGGGAGUGUGCGGUGCGCCUGGUUAAAGCAGGAGCUUCCAUUGUGGGGGUGAACUGCCAUUUUGACCCCACAAUUAGCUUACAAACAGUGAAGCUCAUGAAAGAAGGCUUGGAGGCUGCGGGACUGAAAGCCCACCUGAUGAGUCAGCCCUUGGCCUACCACACUCCCGACUGCGGCAAGCAGGGAUUUAUUGACCUGCCAGAAUUCCCCUUUGGACUGGAACCCAGAGUUGCAACCAGAUGGGAUAUUCAAAAGUACGCCAGAGAGGCCUACAACCUGGGGGUCAGGUACAUAGGCGGGUGCUGUGGAUUUGAACCCUACCACAUCAGGGCAAUUGCAGAGGAGCUGGCCCCGGAGAGGGGAUUUUUGCCACCAGCUUCAGAAAAACAUGGCAGCUGGGGAAGUGGUUUGGACAUGCACACCAAACCCUGGAUUAGAGCCAGGGCCAGGAAGGAAUACUGGGAGAAUCUUCGGAUAGCCUCGGGCAGGCCGUACAACCCUUCCAUGUCAAAGCCGGACGCCUGGGGAGUGACCAAGGGAACAGUCGAGCUUAUGCAGCAGAAGGAAGCCACAACCGAGCAGCAGCUGAGAGAGCUCUUUGAAAAACACAAGUUCAAGUCUGCACAGUAG